UAGCUUUUUGAUUUAUAAUCGAAAUUUAUUUUGGUGCACGUUCCUUCGCCGGCCCACAGGAUUUAAGUAUUAAAUAAACACAAAACACUUUUAAUUAUUACUAAAACUCAGCCAUGGCUAAAAUUCACGAUGCACUCAAGCCGAUUCAGUGGCUUAUUGGCAGCUGGGAAUCGAUCAGUGCAAAAGGGCACUUUCCUACUAUCAAAGAUUUUACCUACAAUGAAGUGCUGAAAUUCGAGUCUGUCGGUCAACCAAUUCUUAACUAUGAGGCCCGGUCGAGACACUCCGUCACCGGUGCUCCGAUGCAUUUGGAGAGCGGAUUUCUACGCAUCAAACCAGGCUCGAAUCAGCUAGCGUUUAUGGUUUCACACAACUUUGGACUUGCCGUUCUCGAGGAAGGAAUCGCCACUGCCGAUGGCCUAGAGCUGGAAUCUAGGUCCAUCAAUCGCAUGUCGUUUGCGAAAGAUCCUUCGGUGAAAUGCAUCAAAAAAGUGUACAAACUAAAUGCAGACGGAACUCUGGAGAUUCGGACGGACAUGGAAACGAGCAACACAGCCUUAACAAAUCAUCUUGUUGCGGUUUAUAAGAAAACAGAAUAAAGUGUGUUUAAUACAGUUCAAAACUAUUCCAUUUUACGGCAAAUAAUAAUAGCUGUAACCAUCAGCAUUGCUUGAGAUGAACCAUUGCGAAUUGUGUUGAGAUCCUGGAAUGUUGUGGAUGGAGUUGUUAUUGUUGGAAUCCAUGCUAUAAGCAGUAGAUCCAGAUGGUGGUGGGUUGUACGAAGGCGUAUCAUAAUAAUAUUCUGGUGCCUUUGGUGAGGGUGUAGUAGGAAACUGUAGUUCUCGUUGUAGGUGACGAAUGUAUUGAAUAGCAAGUCUGAAAAAUAAAACGAAAAAUACAUUCACACCAAGAAAA